AUAGGGUGCAUGGGCCCUGUUCAACAGUAGUGUACUAUGUAGGGAAUAGGGUGCAUGGGCCCUGUUCAACAGUAGUGUACUAUAUAGGGAAUAGGGUGCCAUUUGGGAUGACUCCUGGACAACGGCUGUGUUCGUUUUCCUUCUGCUGUGUUCCUCUUCACACGUCUCCUCUCUCUCUCACAGUCCAAUGAGGUUGUGUUUUAAUAUACAAUCACUGUUUCAGCCUAAUACACAUUUAUAUUGCUUUGGAAAACACACAUCUCGUCAUGGGUAUACAGUAAAGCUUGAAUAGGCAACAUGUUUGGCAUUUCAGGUCAGUACUGUACUGUAGGGGGUAGGACUGUGGAGAAGGUGGACCCAGGUAUCUCUACAGUAGGGGGUAGGACUGUGGAGAAGGUGGCUCCAGGUAUCUCUACAGUAGGGGGUAGGACUGUGGAGAAGAUGGACCCAGGUACCUCUACAGUAGGGGGUAGGACUGUGGAGAAGAUGGCUCCAGGUACCUCUACAGUAGGGGGUAGGACUGUGGAGAAGGUGGCUCCAGGUACCUCUACAGUAGGGGGUAGGACUGUGGAGAAGAUGGCUCCAGGUACCUCUACAGUAGGGGGUAGGACUGUGGAGAAGAUGGACCCAGGUAUCUCUACAGUAGGGGGUAGGAUUGUGGAGAAGGUGGCUCCAGGUAUCUCUACAGUAGGGGGUAGGACUGUGGAGAAGGUGGCUCCAGGUAUCUCUACAGUAGGGGGUAGGACUGUGGAGAAGGUGGCUCCAGGUACCUCUACAGUAGGGGGUAGGACUGUGGAGAAGGUGGCUCCAGGUAUCUCUACAGUAGGGGGUAGGACUGUGGAGAAGGUGGCUCCAGGUACCUCUACAGUAGGGGGUAGGACUGUGGAGAAGAUGGCUCCAGGUAUCUCUACAGUAGGGGGUAGGACUGUGGAGAAGAUGGCUCCAGGUACCUCUACAGUAGGGGGUAGGACUGUGGAGAAGGUGGCUCCAGGUAUCUCUACAGUAGGGGGUAGGACUGUGGAGAAGGUGGCUCCAGGUAUCUCUACAGUAGGGGAUAGGACUGUGGAGAAGAUGGCUCCAGGUACCUCUACAGUAGGUAUCCUUUAGUAUGUCCCUGUGGAAGACAUCCUAUAUAGUUCUGG